CUAUUAUCUGUCAAUGUCACUGGGUGCUAAAACAAACGCACAUAACCUCAAAAAUCUCAUGUGUCGCCUUCAUCUGUGUUUACUCCAUAAAAUAAAAGACGUAGGUUUUCAUUCUUAAAUCUAAAAUACGUAGUUAUUUGCAGAAAUGGCAGAUACUGAAGAAUAUUUUCCUCGAGGUGGGAAGAAGCCGACGAUAACCUAUUUCAAACAAAGUGGAAACUUUUUAGGAGCUGCUGAGAAAGGGGAAAGGAAAAAGAAGAAGCAGAAGAAGAAAUCUGAUGCUGACGAUGGCUAUUUAUCUGAUGACAACAUCCCUGUUGAUAGAGCUUAUAAAAACUGUGCUUCAAGACUGGGUUAUAAAACAAUAAAAAAAGAUGUAGUGAUAUUAGGAAGAGUGAAGCAGGUGCAAGAAACCAAAAUAACUGUAUGCUUACCAGGAAAUAUGACAGGAACAGUAAUGGCCUGCCAUGUCUCUGAGGCAUACAAUAAACUGCUGGAAGCCUAUGUAAACGAUGAGGUAGAAAAAAUUAAAGAACUACCCGAGAUGUUCAGACUGGGGCAGUAUGUCAUUGUGAAGGUGCUGGAAGUGGACGGCACCAAGCUGAUGCUCUCCAUGAUGCCUCAACAUAUCUCCAGUGGUAGAGUGCACACGGAUCUGCAAAAAGGAGAUCUUUUGCAAGCAGCAGUGUCAUCAGUAGAAGACCAUGGGUUUGUGAUGGACAUUGGGAUUGCUAACACUCGACCAUUCUUGCCAAAGAAAAACACUAAUCCUGAAAUAGAACUUGAGGCGGGAUCGCUGACAUGGUGCUGUGUGAAGUCCCUCACGCCUUCCCCCGAGUCGUGUAUACUGAGUUUGAGUAAUGAACUGAGUGCGUUACAAAACGCAGCGCCUAGAAGGAAACCGACGCACUUAACGCCCGCUACACCGGUCUUCUUCACCGUCGAUAAGCCGUUGGAUAAUGGUAUUGAGGGUCACGUAUUUGACGAAACUACAGCUUACAUACAACGCCAGCACGUGGACAAAGUCAAGGGCAAGAAACCAGCACUCGGACAAAAGGUCAAAGCCCGUGUGUUGUAUGUGAUGCCUACUCGCAAUACGCCGUUCCUUACUAUGAAGGACAUCUUCGAGACGGCCUGCCCCGAGCUGGAGGCCGAGCAGACUCUCAAGGAGGGGGAGAUUAUCGAUGACGCAAAGGUGGUGCGUAUUCUGGGGCGAACCGUAAACUUUCGGUUGGGGCGAGGCUGUGUGGGCAGCAUGAGCCUCAGCCACGUGGCCGUCCAUGAGGACCUGGAGGAUGAGCAGGUGGUCGCCAACUCAUACCCUAUAGGCAGUACGCAUCGCGUUCGCGUAGUAGCGUACAACCCUUGCGACUUCCUGUACCUGGUCAGCGACCGUACUGAAGUUAUCAACGAGAAGUACUUCAGUCUGUCUGAGAUGCAAGUCGGGCAACUGGUCGACGCUACUGUAAAGGCCGUCACCGAUAACCACCUUUUAGUCGACGUGGGAAGAGUAACAGGCUACAUUCCCAGGAACCAAUUCUCCGACGCGGGUAUAUUCGUCGACCCGAAGAAAGCAUCAACAUCGAAGUUAACCAAGAAGUUCAAGCUCGGUCAGUCUUUAAAAGCGCGAGUCCUGGUGGUGGACCGGGCGAAGAACAGCUUAAUUCUCACGCUGAAACCCUCUCUGCUGGCUGAAGACCUGGAGGUGCUGAGCAGCUACGAGCAGGCACAGAUCGGGAAAGCGUACACAGGUUUCAUAAGGUUCGUACGCGACUACGUGCUGGUUACGUUCUUCGACAACGUAACGGCGUACGUGCCGCGCAGUUACGUCACCAAGGAACCGAUCGAAUCGCUGCAUGCAUCCUUCCAUCUCGGACAGAUCGUCAACUGCACAAUUUUACGAGUAGACGUGGAAAAUAAGAAAAUGAACGGUAGCUUAACAACUACGCCAUUUUGGCCAGCUAGCAAACGAGAAAAAACUGGAAAAAGGAAACACGAUACAGAUACUAAUGAAGAGUUACCGAAUAAAAAACAAAAACAGACGGAAGUUGAAGAAGAAUCGAACAAUAGAAAGAAAAAGAAACAAACAACCGAACAGGAGGAACUCAAGGAAUUGGACACUAGCGAAGAAUGCAUGAAUGAAAAUGAAGGGCAAAAAAAGAGAAAGAGAAAGAAAUCUAAAAGCUUUGAUGAAAAAUUGGAUAAUAUAGAACCUGAAAUAGAACAAGGGAAGAAGAAAAACAAGAAGAAGGAUGUCAAAGAACAGAUGGAGAGUGAAGAAAAACACAAAGCGUCGGAAGAGAGCGAUGCUAUAGAAACGGACAUAUACGAAGACAGCGACCACGUUCUGGCACCUCAAGAUUUAUUCCUCAUAGAUUUGUCAGAUUGUGACGACGCGCACAAAUGCAAAAGAAGGAUAGUGUCUUUAACAAAAAAUAUAAACGCACGAGCGAGACGAAUAGAUAAGAUAAAUGAAAAGAUUGUCAGAAUAGAAAAUGUAGGAUUAAGUGCAAAGAAUAAAAAAUACCACACAGCUAUGCAUACAGAAAAAUUGGUAACAGAAGAACGUAUCAAGAAAUUAUUAGAAGCAUUGAAGAACGCUCAGGAAAAGUUGAAAGGGUUAGGUUAUGAGGGAGAAGAUAGUAAAAAAGAGAAGAAAAUUAAAAAGAAAUCUGAAGACGCCGAUGUUAAAGAAGAGAUUAAAGAAGAAGAGGAACCGGACAAAAGAAAUGUUAAAGACUCAAAAGAGAGGAAAGAAAAGAAGAGUAAAAUUAAAGUAGUGGAGAAUUUAGAGCCGGUAUUAGAAGUUCCGAGUGCUAAAGACUUUUGGUCUGUGAACACUGAUGAAUCCACAAAGAAGACACAAGAAGAAAACUCCAGCAGCAGCGAUGAGGAGGAAAAAGAGCAACCCAAAAAGAAGCGGAAGAAGCUAACAGUGGCCGAGAAGUUAGCUAAGGCUCGCCAAGAAGAGGAGCACGUGCGCUCGCUCGAGCGACGAGCGAUCGAGAGCGACGCUCAGCCGCGCUCCAGCGAUCAGUUCGAGCGAGCGUUGCUAGCGAGCCCUGAUGCUAGCCAACUAUGGAUUGCGUAUAUGGCCUUCCAUCUACAGGCGACAGAGAUAGACAAGGCCCGCGCGGUGGCGCGUCGUGCGCUGAGUACGAUCUCAUUCCGGGAGGAGGACGAGAAACUCAACGUGUGGCUUGCGCUACUGCAUCUGGAACACCGGUUCGGCACCAAGGAGUCCCAACAAAAAACCCUUGAAGAAGCUCUGCAAACCAACGAACCGUACAAAGUUCACUCGAAACUCUUAGACAUAUUGGUAGAUACGGGCAAGGCGCAAGAACUCAACUCGCUUGUAGAACUCAUGAUGAAGAAGUAUAGACGAGAUUGUUCUAUGUACCCUCUUUGUGGGAGUGCUUGCUUCAAGCUGGGUUUAGUAGAUAAGGCGAGGAGCGUCAUGCAGAAAGCUCUCACCGCCUUGGAGAAGAAAGAACAUGUGUCAGUGCUAGUCCAAUUCGCUCUUCUUGAACGUUCCCUGGGCGAGAGGGAACGUUCCGAAGCGUUGUUUGAGCAGAUCCUCGCCGUUUAUCCGCAGCGGGUCGACGUGUGCGCCGUCUACGUCGACAUGAUGCUGAAGGCCGGCGAAUAUGAUCAUAUCAGGCAAGUUAUGGAACGGAUAACAUCACAGAAGUUACCAGCACGAAAAAUGAAGAUAUUGUACAAGAAAUGGGUAGAAGUGGAAGAAAAAAUAGGUGAUCAAGAAAAAGUGGAAGAAAUACGACAACGAGCACUGGAGUACAUAGAGAAAGCAAAGUUUUAGACAAUAAAUAAAUUAUUCUCUGA